CGACUGUAUCGACUCGUAUCACCUAGCCAGUUGUGUGAAAUAUUCUAUACAAUACACUCGUGCAGUUAAAUAAACGAUUAUCUUUGCUAUCAAAGGAUUAAAUAUAGUUGAAAUUAUAUUAUUUUUAUGCGUGCAAUGUGUUAUUGAUACGAUAAUGAGGAGAGUGUUGGUUUUUGCGCUUUUGUUCGCGGUUGCGGCCGGGAGCUUCAAGGCAUACGAUGAUGAUUACUACUACAACGAUGAUACGCUGGACACCUACUACGACGAUAACGUUAAGGAACAAAUGAAGGAUGCAGCACCAGCCAAUGAUGAUGAAAAAAAUUUAGCUGAAUCCUCUGAAAAUAGUGACUCUAAAGGUGACGAAGUUAACAUGCCUGAAGGUAAUGUUGAUGAACAAGUCGAAGACAAUAUUCCUUUAGAAAAUGUUGAUGUAGGCGAUAAUGUGCCUAUGGACAAUGUUGACGAAGGAUUCAAUGUCCCUGAAGACAAUAUUCCACUAGAAGAAAAUAUUCCUGAAAAUAACAGCCAAGAAAAUGCUAACGAUGACCCUGAAGCACGAGCAAUGGACUUAGGUAUAGACAAAGAAGUUGAUACAGACAUUGAAGAAGUUCAAAAUUUUGAUGAAGAGCCAAACAAAAAAGAUUACGAAGAUUUGGAUACCUUAAUAGAGCCUGUAAAGAAUGAUGAAGAUGACUCCCAACAGCAAUUGGAUAAAAAAGAUAAUGAUGAUGUACCAGUUUAUGCCGAAAAGGAUGCCAUGGACUUAAAAGUGGAAAAAGACAUCAAAAAGUUUUUGAAUCAGGAUGAUACAAAACAAGAAAAUGAGGAUAACACAUUUGAUGAUACUGACUAUCAAGUAGAAGAUAAUAGAUCUUCACAAGAAGAUAAACUAGACAUUGGGGUAGAACAACCGAAACCCUUAUCUCCUGAGUUACGUGACGAACAACCUAAAGAAAUAUUACAAGAAGCUCAAGAAUUGAUUAACGAGGACAGUGAAAGUCAUAUAGAUGUAGGUGAUGAGGAAGUUGGUGAGCAAAUAGCAGCUGUGAACGAAGAAGCACUUAAUGAAGAUAACCAAGUUGAUGCUGAAAACAAAGAAGAGUCACUGCCUUCAGCGGAAAAUGUAGAAAAUGUCGAAGAGAAUAAAGACGAUAAUGUAGAUGAAGAUGAACAGAUAGAUUCUAGUGAAAUUGACGACGAAACGGUACAAAAAGCAUUCGAUGAAUUAAAAGAUGAUAUGGAUUCUUUGUUUGAGACCAUUGACAAACUGGCAGAAAGUGGUGGUGACGUUGCAGCAUCCGAUGAAGAUAUUGCUAAAGGCGAUGCCAGGGACUACGAAGAGAAGUAUGAUAAGGUUGCAGAAAACGAUGAAGAUAUUGCUAAAGACGAUGUAAGAGACUAUGAUGAAAAGUAUGAUAAGGUUGAAGAACCCAAUGAAGAGAUUGCUAAAGACAAUGUGAGAGACUACGAAGAGAAUGAUGAGAAAGAUGCAGAACCCGACGAAGAGAUUGCUAAAGAAAAUGUCAGAGACUACGAAGAGAAGUACGAUAGGCCUUUCAACGAAGAAACCAUUCUGAGACAGCGAGAAGAUUACUACGAUGAAGUUGACGGUGACUCAGACAAAUUGUUUGAAGAUGUAGCUGACGAUGCUGCAAACGAAGACAAGAAAGAGCCAGCUGUCCCUGUACCGUACGGUGAUGACGCCAUAGUUGAAACCCAGAAUAACGAAGAAAAAGAAAAGAUGAUCGAAAAUCCUGAAGCCGAUGACACAAUAGAUGAACCCAUCGCCAACCUGAACAACAACGAAGGAACAAAUGAAGAUCAGCCUCUGGAUAACGCAGAAGCUAACAUUCCCGAGGACCAUCCAGUAGAAGACCUGCCAGCUGAAGAAUUAUCCAGCGCAGAACUCAACGACAUGAUGACUCAAUUCGCUGUUGAGCACAGUGACGAUUUAGACGUCAACGCCGAAAACUUCGAUCGCAACAUAGCUCCAGUGUUCAUAACUUUGAAACACGAUGAAGUGACUGUGAUAGAGAGCCCUAACUAUCCUAAGCCGUAUCCUACGAACAACAUCAUAGACUGGGUGAUUGAUGGAGAGGGGCAUGGUAUUGAGAUGAACGUAACCGAUCUGGCUGUGAAUGGAUUCAGUGGGGACUAUCUGCUUGUUAAACCAGGCGGCAUCGACGAGUCGGGCCACGACGGCCUGGUGUUCUCGUACCAGCUGCGCCGCGAGAGAAAGUACAGGUUCCUGGAUGUCGACCGCAUUUUCAUCAGGUUCGAGGCCAAGAGAGGGUUCGCGCUGCCCACGAAUAGAGGGUUUAGCAUCUCGGCUAAGAUGAUACUGCCACCCCGCGCCACCACCGAGCCAGCUCCAGAACCAGAAGCCCAGCCCCUUCAGCCACCGCGCGCCACCACCCGCGUCCACCUUUCGGGACUCACCAAGACCCAGUUCCAGAACGUCACUGAAGACUUCAGGCUGCUGGUGGCUGACAUGGCCACCAUGUACAUAGCGAGAGAGGGAUUGGAAGCGGGAGAGACGGACACCGCGGAAGUGACCCAGAUCACCGGCACAUCGUCCUGCAACCAGCAGUGGCCGGGCGCGGCGCGCUGCCUCGCCGUCCACUUCGGAGUGCCACUAGAUGGCGCUGAUGAUGAGGAGAACACCUUGGGCCUGACGGAGAGACAGCUGGAGGAGAUGUGGAGGAGAUACGUGGAGGUUGAUCCGUUUAAGACUCGGCUGAGGCGGAUGGGGUUGGAGGAGUACCAAGUCCCGUCGACCACGGCCGCUCUAGCGGUCUGGCUGGUGCUUGGGUCCGGCGCGGCGCUGGCUGCCGGUCUACUGGCCGUGCUGCUGUGGAGGUGGAGCUGCAUGGAGGACUACACCAGAAUGGGUGCCUACAGCGACACAGACAGCGUGUUCUCUGAGAAGCGCGCGCUGGACCUGUACCCCACCCCGCACCAGGCCAUCCCCCCGCUGUACGACCCCGAUUACCCCACGAAGCAGAGUGAUACUACCAGAGUGGACCUGGGCGGGCUGGCCAACAAGAGCUACACGCGAGACAUGUUCGAACUGGAUUCAGACGAGGAGAUGACCGGCCCUGAAGACAGGAGUAGCAGCUUUCAGCCAAAGGACAUUUACUCCGCGUAACAGUACCUAACCAUGAUUUUAUUUAGUACAAACGUGUAAAUUUUUCCCAACAAAAUCUGCAAUCAAUAUUUAUUAUUUAAUUAUUUUAAACAUAACAGAUAACUUAAUCAAAUAAAAGAUACGCGUUUCUUUGGUAAUCAUAACUUUGGGCUUCUGUUAUAGAAGUCUUAACUUAGUUUAUUUAUGUGCAUUUGCAAACAAAAUCAUGCAUUUACUUAAUAUUAUAAAGAUCGCGAAUCUUGCAAUAAUUAUAAAUAUUGUUUGCAGUUUUUUUAAUGCAAUAUUAGAUUUUACAAAGCCAAUGUUGUUGUAUUUGUUAAUUUAGUUCCAGAAUUAAGUUUUACAUCGUGAUUUAUAUUCUUAGUUAAGUUUUUAAAAGACCAGUAGUUGAACUACUUACCUAUUUUAAAUAAAGUUUUUAUUUUAA